AAAAAUACUUCUGGAUAUAGCGGCAGUGCGGCGGCAUUUCGCAUUUUGGAGCUCAACCUCUUCGCCAAUGGAAGCAGGUGUUCUCAACUCUCAUCACUUCAAACCCCAACUCUUUGGAACAAAGUCUUUGAAAAUUCCAGGUAGCCAUAUGCCGCUUAAUCUUCGAUUUGAUGAUCCACUGUGUCCAACCUGCAUUACUUUCAAAAGGAUUGUAGUAAACCCCAGAGGAAGUCAUCUUUUUCUGCUAAAUAAACCAUUGCUAUCAAGAGGCAAUAGAAAAUGGUCUAUGAAUUCUUCUGAUCAGCUUCGAAGAGACUAUAUAAGUAUUGAGCCAACUACUGGGGAGUCUCUAAAUGGUGAAGUUGUUCAAUUAAGAUCCACUGAUAGGGCUGGGAUUGCUAAUUUGCAAAGUGUUAAUAACUUUGAGACUUCUCACUACAGACCUAAAAUGUUUGGAAAUAGGUUUCUGAACUUUGUACGCCUAAGCUCUUUACUUAACAAUGCAGCAGAAUCAUUCUUUAAGAGUGAGAUUCGGAGGAGGUUAUUUGUGACGGCUGUACUGAUCUUAAUCAGCCGAAUUGGUUAUUUUAUUCCUCUACCAGGAUUUGACCGCAGGUUAAUACCUCAAGAUUACCUUAGCUUUGUCUCAGGAUCUGCUGCUGAUGAACUAGGAGAUUCUGCAGCAGAGCUAAAAAUGUCCCUUUUUCAGCUUGGAAUCAGCCCCCAGAUAAUAGCAUCAAUAAUUAUGCAGGUGCUCUGUCAUGUUGUUCCAUCCUUUGUAAAGCUUCGGAAGGAAGGCUUAGAUGCCCAUGAGAAGAUUAAGAGUUAUAUAUGGUGGAUGUCACUUGGCUUUGCAAUCUUGGAAGCUGUGAUAGUCGCUUGUCAUUCACUUCCAUACUCAAUUUAUGCAGCAAGUUACAGGGUUAAGCAUGUGAUGGUGACUGCCUUUUUGUUGGUUUGUGGUGCAAUGACUAUGACAUGGAUCUGCGAUACAAUAUCAGAAUCUGGAUUUGGUCAAGGCUCAUCCCUGGUUAUUUGUGUUGGAAUAUUGACUGGCUACACAGACACAUUGUACAAGAUGUUAACUCAGCUAUGGGGAAGUGCUGGUAGUUGGUGGCCUUACAUGCUCAUGGUGUUGAGUGCUUUUACUAUAGUCACCAUGUGGGCAGUUGUUGUAACUGAGGGCUGCAGGAAAAUAAAGCUGCAGUAUUAUGGAUUCAAACUUGCAUCUGCUGCAAGAGAAGAUUCCCCAAUUACUGAAGUUGAGCCCUAUAUCCCCUUUAAUAUUAACCCAUCAGGAAUGCAGCCUGUACUCACCACCACUUAUCUCUUGGCAUUUCCAAGUAUUCUUGCAAGCAUACUUGAUUCACCGUUUUGGAGACAUGUAAAGGAGAUAUUGAAUCCUGAAACUUCUAUUGGUGCAGAGCCUUGGGUCUACUAUUCAUUAUAUGCAUUUUUUGUCUUCCUAUUCAAUAUUUUUGAUAUUGCAAACUUGCCAAAGGAAAUUGCGGAUUAUUUGAAUAAGAUGGGUGCCAGAAUUCCAAAUAUAAAGCCUGGGAAGGCCACUAUUGAAUACCUAACAAAGAUACAGGCAUCAACACGUUUUUGGGGGGGGCUAUUGCUAAGUGUUUUAGCAACUACCUCAACCAUACUUGAUCAUUGCUUACGCCGUAUUAAUGAAGGCUUUGCAAUUGGGUUUACAUCAGUCUUAAUAAUUGUGGGUUCCAUCAUUGAACUCAGAAGAUCCUAUCAGGCAUAUAAUGUCAUGCCGAGUUUAAGCAAAGCUCUCAAGCGAUAUGGUGUAUAACCUCUCAAGAAGCUUUUUGUGCAUUUCCAAGAC